AAGUGACAGCAACAAGCGGCGGAGUAACUGGCCAGGAACUGGUCAAGAACGGACGGGGCUGUGGAGGAAUCCCCAAACUUUUCCAACUCGGUGAAGAUCUUUUCUCUUCGCCGGUUCAGCUCACUUCCAGUCUGUCACUGGACGUGUUAAUAACUUCAGCGCUUCCUUGACGUGUUUGUGGGCGACGAAGUAGAUGCAAACGACUGAGUGGAAAGGAGAGUAAAACUUCUGGAAUGAUGCCCGAGCGGCUGCAUCCCUCCCUCCUCCAAAAGUUCAGCUAAGGUGGCUAACGUUAGCUAGCACAGGAGUCGUUCGCUAAGGGGAAAACUUUUUUUUCAUUUACCAAAACAAGUGAGGGUUACCUCGGUUGUAGUAGAAAAAGACGAGUAGGUAUAUAAAAAAGUUGUUUGAAAGUGAAAUGUUUCAUCUUCAGCCCGUUAUCCUAGCCGGGGCCAGGUUGUAGUAUGAGGCUAAUCAGCUAGCUUCUUUCAUCAGAAUCCGGUAAAGUCCCAAAGAGGAAUAAUAAUACGACACACCUCUCGUUUAUGAGCUUCGGCUCAAACCCACCAUGAAAAGAGCUCAGCACUUUGACGUUUCAUUAAACUUUGUUUGUACUUCGACCCAACUGAGCAGCAUCUUCUGCAGAACUUAAGGAGAGAUGAGAGAGGGGGCGACCACCGGGAUGACCACUGCAUGGUGAUUACAUCUCCGCAGGAUUAUGUGCUGACUGCUGCUUGUUAAAUCACGGUGACAUUUACCUGUGAAGCUCCAACGGACACUUUUUUUAAAGAAGUUGGUUCUGAGUUCUGUGGAUUUAUAUGUGUAAUAACACUCAGCCCACCCAGUACCACUCCUGUGAUUCUGCCAACUAUUUUGGGCUUUUUUGUGGCUAAUCACAACCCAAAACCUUUCUGUGGUACACUUAGCAACUUGGAUCCUACCUCCUUUUUGGCUGUUCUUCAUCAGCAAUAUCUUGGAUAAACCAGAGCAUCAGGAUGAAGGUGACAGUAACUUUUGGACAGACAGGUGUAGUCGUGCCUUGCAAGGAUGGAUGGACUGUAAGGGACCUCAUCCAGCAAGCCACCCAGAGGUACAGGAAACUACUGGAGCAGGAAGGAGACUUCCUCGUUCGAACCCACCAUGUUGAGUACUGUGACGGGGGUAUCUUGGACCCUGAUGACAUACUCAGUGAUCUGGUAGAGGACAAAGACAAGCUGAUGGCAGUGUACGAGGAGCAGGAAGCCCAGCAGAGAGAUGUGGCUGACACGAGCCUGACCCCGAGCCCUGACCUCCACCAAGCUGAGCUAUCUGUUUUUCAGCCAAUCACAGGAGGAGAGAUUGAAGUCAAUUCUUCAGCCCUCAAAUCCAACACACCCCUGCUGGUAAGGAGCAGCAGUGACUCUGCCCUUAACCCCCAAACAACAGAGACUAAACCCUCCUACAAUGAAGAUGGCACUGUAAUGGUAGCCAGUCCUGAUGUGGAGGGGUCUACAGGGAUGGAACGAGCUCAAGGCAAACACACCUUCAGUGGCAGCCUGACCAGGAUGGUGGAGAUCCAGGGAGAGGGCAGUCCUCUGGGGAUCCACGUUGUUCCCUACUGCUCUUCACUCAGUGGACGGUCUCUUGGUCUGUGUAUCCGUGGGGUGGAGGACGAGAGCCGCUCAAGAAAGGAAGGCUUGUUUCAAGAGGAUGAGUGCAUUGUGAAAAUCAACAAAACUGACCUCAUGGACAAGACAUUUAGCCAAUCUCAGGACAUCUUUCGUCAGGCGAUGCGGUCCCCACUUGUCCAUUUGGAAGUCAUUUCCCCAUCAAACAGAGAGCGAUAUGAAAGAAGUCUGAUUAGCCAGCUGUUUGUCUGCGGUACGGCUCCACACGGCAGCCCCCGUGUCACGAAGGCCAAAGAUCCACCACCACCAGUCAAAGCCAAACCCGUGUUUAAACCUCCUGAGAGUUCAACUGCACGGCUGGCAGAAGAACCUCCUGUUCCUGAAGCUGUCAGUAGCCCUAAGGAGAGUGGUGAGAGCCCCCUCCACAGGAAAAGUCCUGUGCUUUCCAGCAUGGUGUCCAAAAAGAGAGGAGGACGAAGGCUGCGGAUCGACUUAAAGAAAGGUUCAGAAGGUCUUGGAUUUACUGUUGUAACCAGGGAUUCCUCAAUACAUGGCCCGGGUCCUAUUCUAGUCAAAAACAUUCUGCCACGAGGAGCUGCUGUCAAAGAUGGACGACUUCAGUCUGGAGACCGCAUACUGGAGGUAAACGGUGCGGACAUCACCGGGGUGGGCCAGGAGGAGCUGGUGUGUAUGCUCCGCAGCACUCGUCAGGGAGAGACUGUGUCCCUGGUGGUCCUACGGCAAGACGAGAUGUUCCUACCCAGAGAAAUGAAAGCCGAACUGUCUCGUGCACGUGGCAUGGUUUUAGAGAGCGGGAAGGAGCAGCUCAUGUUUGAGGUUCCCCUUAAUGACACCGGCUCGGCGGGACUCGGCAUCAGCCUGAAAGGGAACAAGUCCAGGGAGACCAGAGAGGAUCUGGGAAUUUUCAUCAAAUCCAUCAUUCAUGGAGGAGCCGCAUACAAGGAUGGGCGGCUGCACAUCAACGACCAGCUCAUCGCCGUAAAUGGAGAGUCACUGCUGGGACGCUCCAACCAUGCGGCCAUGGAGACGCUCCGACGGUCAAUGUCACAGGAGGGAAACGUCAGAGGGAUGAUUCAGUUGGUGGUGCUGAGGACUUUAAAGGACCAAUAUGAGGCGUCACCCAAUCGCUCCUUUGACAGCUCGUCUGGUCAUUUGGGACUGAUCGGCCCAGUCAAAGGUCAGACCCCAGACUCUGUUGUCUCCCCACUGGUGUCCAACCCCAUCUAUUCCUCCAAUGUGACCAAUGGGAGUUAUUUUCACAUGGAUGAGGAGGAAGAGGAAGGGGUGCUGUACAGACAAGAUGAGGAGAUCAGCAGCUCUAAUCAGCUGCAAAGUGAAACCUCUCCCAUUGCCCAGCCCCAGGCUCCCACCCAGAACCAGAAUCAACUCCAGUUCCAGCACAUCAAAGCCUCCAAAAGCAUGGACCUGGGUACGGCACAGAACCAGCAUCACAUUGUGGAAGAUGAGAGCAACGUUUUAUCCCUGGAUGGAGGCACUACUGCUCCUUCAACUCCUGUUGAACUCGGCCCAACCCUUGGUCUUAAGAAGUCCAGUUCCUUGGAGAGCCUCCAGACGGCCAUGUCAGAGGUUAAUAAGAAAAACGAACUCCUCCCUUUCCACCGUCCUCGCACAAAUAUGGUCAGAGGAAGAGGAUGCAAUGAGAGCUUCAGGGCAGCUAUUGAUAAAUCCUAUGACGGCCCGGCAGAAGAUGAUGAUGAUGACGGUUCGGAGGUGAGUUCAGGCCGGGACACGCCUGCUAGUAGUUCCUCCCGCCAGGGACUCGCUGAUCAAAUGGAUGAGAAAAGCAAAAAAGAGAAGAAAAAGAAAGAGAAAACCAAGAAGAAAGAAAAGAUCAAGGGGAAGGUGAAAGAGAAGGAGAAGAAGAAAGCAGAUGAACCAGAGGAAACAGAAAGGAAGAGCAAGAAAAUAGGCUUUGGCCUUCUGAGGUUUGGAAAGAAAAAGGAGGAGAGGAAGGAGGCAAAGGCCGCUGUGCAGCGACAGAAAUCUGACAUUCUGAGUGACCUGGAGCUUGAGAGGCUGAAAGAAGAUAGAGAGAGGAUUGAAGCAGGGCAUCCUGAGCUGCGAGAACAACUGUCCAGAGACCAGCAGGGUGGCGGUGGAGGGGUGGCAUAUCCACACUACGAGGAUGAUGACGCAGACCCAAACUAUGCCAGAAUACAGUCCUUCAGGGCCCGAGAGAUGGGUUCAGGGCCGCCACCACUGCCUCAGGCACCUCUCUACAGCGCAGUUCAGCAUGCUCAUGCCCGCACACCUUCACCACAGGGUCCUCCCAGCUUCCCAGGACAUGGGAUGCAUGUUAAUGAAGCUGGAGUUCUCCCCGAUGAUGACCCCCUUGAUAGGCUGUAUGCCAAAGUUAACAAACCUAGAGGUUCUGGAGCCACAUCACCCCACAAUCCUUCCCCAGCUCCUCCAAGUGACAGCAACAUAGAGCGGAUCCAGCAGCUAAGAAGAGAGUAUCAGCAAGCGAGGCGAGAAGGAAUGAUGCCACCGUAUGAAGAACUGGACCCAAGACGCAGAGGGCACGACAGCGACCCACACAGGUUACCAGGCAGAGGGACAGAUCCCCGUCUGACGCCACGAUAUGAAGAGGUGGAGCGUCAGUAUGCCUCCUUACCAAGACGGGGGCCGAUGGAUCCUGCUGACUACCCGAUGCAGCCAUGGUCGGGUCAUUACCCCGGACCUCCCCAAGCCCAGCAGGGGUACCCCCAGUCACCAAAUUACUCCAACAUUAACUCCCAGUCUGGUCUGUCAUACUCCAGCUUCCUGCCUGGCCAGCCUUACCAACAGCAGAGAGACCCUCGAGGGAUUGAACCCGCCUACUACCCUCACCCUGGCUCCCAACAGAGAGGACCUUUGCGGCAGGACGUUCCCCCAUCUCCUACCCCUCCACUGCGGGCACCACGGUAUGACACCAUGGCACGUGGAACUGUGGGUGGAGGUUAUAGGUAGGAGAUCAUACGUGGAUGAUAUCAGUCCCAGACACCAAAUGGAACCUAGCACUGACCAGUAUGGUUAUACUGGGGAUAUAGAAGAACAGCUACGCCAAACCAACUCCACACAGAGGAACACUUUCACCAUAAGGUCCUCCGACUGAAACAAGCAGAGUCACCAAACAUUUUGCACGUUUUCUACCGUCAAUACCAUGAUGAAAACAAACAACAUCAUGCUGUCUAUCCUUGGUGGGAAAGACACCUGUUUGUUUCAAAGUAUUCUAAAUUGCUUGUAAAAUGAUGUUUUAAAAAUGUUUUGCUCCACUCUGAUUAAGUUGUUUAAGUCUGUGAAUCAGUGACAGACAUAAAGGUAACAAAAUAAAUUUAAAUUAGGCUGUCUCACAUUCAGAUUGGUCCAAACGGUUUCAGUGCUUCUCCAAAGUGACUCGAACGACAGAUUGGUGAAAAUAAAAACAGUACAAUGAAUGUUCUCUACAGUAUUCGGUCAAUAACACAGGAAAGACUCUUCAGCAUUUAUUAAAUUUGUGCAUAAAACCACUCAUGUACUUUUAAAUGUGACUGGAAGUAUUUGAUUUACUGUGAGUAGGAUGUAGAUUAUGGUAAAGAGAAACGAUUGUUCAAAAAUGUGUCAAUUAUUUAAAAAAACAGAAGCUAAAGGACUUGUUUUAUUAAUAUUGGCUACUUCACACAGAAUAUACUGUACAAUCAUGGCAAAAACUAUGUACAUCCCUCCAUACAGUACUUUGUAGAAGCACCUUCAGGGCAGCAGCAGUAACUCAGUAGUUAUUUUCUGAAUUAAUCAGCCUCUUAAAUAAUUGUGGAGGGUUCUGGCCCAGUUUUCUGUACAUCAUUGUUUUAGUUCAUUGAGGUUUGCAGAAAUGUAUUAUUGCACAUCUCUUUAAAGGUCCUACCACAUAAUUUCAAUUAGGUUGAGGUCUGGACUUUGACUGGGCCAUAGCACCAUGAUAAAUUCCCUUUUUUCAGCCAUUCUGUUGAAGAUUUACUGCAGUGCUCUGGAUCAUUAUUCUGUUAAUAACCCAAUUUUAGCCAAGCUUCAAUUGUCAGACAUGUUGCCUCACAAAUGACUCCGGAGUACCUUUUAAUGGUUGACUCAAUGAUUGCAAGGUUCCUGGGCUCCAAACAAGAGCCUAAGAUAGAGCUCUGGGGCUUUUGGCAGAUUCUCUGAGCAUUGUUGGGACCUGGCAUUGGGGGAAUUUUGUUUGGAUGUCCAUUACAGGGAAGGCUAGCAGCUGCCUUAAAUGUUUUCCACUCGUAGAUAAUCUUUCUGACUGUAGAAUGAUGAACGUCAUACAGUUUAGCCUCGUAUCCCUACCCAGAUUGAUGCAGUUCUUGAUGUCUUUCCAUCUUGGCAUUGCGUUAACACACACCUCGGUGCUCCUUCUAAAUGCUCUGGGAUUGUGUUUAGUUUUUCUUGUGACUUUAUUGAGAGUGAAGGAGAGAUUUAAAUUGAGACUAAAGAACCUUAAAAAAAAAAACGCUGUCAGAUUUUUAAAUUAGUCUUUUUUUUCCUCCUUUUGAACAUUUUUAAUGACUCCUGAAGUUACAUCACAGUAAAGCGUUGUAUGAAAUCUGUGCCUGUGUAAUGAAAUGCUUUUAAUAACAUUGCAGUUUUUCAUUUUUAAUAAUGGUAUUUCUGUCAGUCAAGAUGAGUUUAAUUACAUUUCUAGCACAGAAUUAGAUAAGAUCCAAAUGGGAAACUUGAUGACUCCAGCUCAGCGUUAAAUUUAGCAAUAUUUAACAUCAGAUAAAAUAGUGAUAAUCAGCUAAAUCUCAAAGUUGACAUGUGCAUCAAACUCAGAUCACAUUAGCUCUUUUGGACUUUCAGUAACUUCAUUUAAACUAACUUCUACUUGAAUGAAUAUGAUGAACUGUCAGUAUCUCUUGUCCUGUAUUUACAGUCUGGUGCUAAAACUACAGGACAAAUUGCUUUUAAUUAAAUUUUAUAACAGCCUGCAGUUGUCUGUGUUUUACAGCAUCAGAUGCACUAAGAUCAAGGCACCAUGUUUUAAGAGCAAGUAUUUUACAGAGCCGAUUUUCUGUUUUCCUGCUGUGAAGGCCAGACAUGUGAAAGACAUUUCUGCAAUAUGAUGGUGGUAAAGCAUGAAGUGUUACAGUCAAGAGUUAGUUAAGUCAUACAGUACCAGACUCAGUAGUAUUAACUUCAGCUGAGAAUAAAUGUUUUAUUUGGUGUUGAAGAAUUAUCUUAAGGACUGAGGAUGAAAUGUCAUUAAUGUUCAAAGAAAUUGACUAUAAAUAGUAAAAAAGAAUGUAUUUUUCUUACAGUCAUACAUUAUUUUUUCAAUUUUUGUGAAUAUAUUUGUGUAGGAUUUUUAGGGCUUAGAAUAAAUAAAAAUGAUAGGUUGGCAGAAAAGAAUGAAAGAAAAGAGAAGUAUUGAAAUUUAUGGAAAUUGUAAUGAGUAAAAAUUGAGAAGUGAGAAAUAGAAGUGAUGGAAAAAAGAUGGAUGGAAGUUGUGGGUCAUUUCACCAACUAAUUUUGUACGUUUUCGUUUUGUUCUUUGUUUUUUUGUAAUCCUACAGGUCACUCUGUAAACAAACUGAUAUGCGGUAGUUAAAUAUGGGUGUGAAAUGGGUUUGUCAGUUGGUGAAGAGGCAUAUUGACCCAGAGUCUCCAGAAAUUAAGAAAGUUGUGGAACAAUAAAAGUUCUGCAAACAUUUUGCUGAAGAACGUGGGAAGUGGGUUUAUGUUUUUGUUUUUAUCUUUCAUAUUUUAACAAAGAAUCUUACAUUGGUAAAUGGACUGAACUUACAUAACGCUUUUCCAGUCAUGCUGACCACUCAAAGCGCUUUACGCCAGAGCCUCAGUAAAAUUGUCAGUAUUUUGUUGGAAGAACAACAGUAAAAUCAUUUUUUUUUUAGAUUCUAGGGUAAACUUGCAGGUUUAUUCUGGAAAAAACCACAAUCAUGAAUAGUUUUGUGUGAUUAUUGAUUAUUUUUUUCUCAGUCUUGACAUUUAGGCAGCGUCUACUGUUGCUUUAAACUCUAAAUAAUUAUUAAACUGUUAUGGUUUAACUCGGUUGCUUGGAGAAACAAACAUGUUCCCUAUGCAGUCCUGGAAAAUCUGAAAAUGUGGGGAAUUUGAUUUUAUUAUUUUCCACACCAGGUAAUAAUGGAAACAUGUUAUAAACAUGAUAUUCCAGACUUUAAUGCUUAAUACAUUCUCUUAAGAGUUAAAAAAAUAAUAAUUAUAUACAUUUCUUUCAUUGUUUUAUAACUCACUUGUUAUUUCUGAAUUUGCUACAUGACAACUUUAAUUUAAAAGAUUAGCCAUCUGUAGUUUCAGUUAUUUUAGUUUCUGGCUGGAAACCAAUAGAUAAAUGUGAACUCUUUUGAAAUUGAAACUUGAAAUGAAACUUUCACUGCUCCUUUAGCCCCUAAACUGCUUAAAUCAGUGUCCUCUGGUUUUUAACUGAACAUGAUGUAAAAUUUAGUUUUUUUUUCAUCUUUAUCACCAGAAAUGUCUGUGAUUAUCAGGAAGCACAUCCUGAUUUAUGAAGUGUGGUCAUUAAAGUUUUUGAAAUGGAUCUGAUCUAAAUAAGUUCAGAUGCCAAAAAAAAUUAUGAAACAGCCAUUUACAAACACAACCAAAGCAGAAGCCAACUUCAGCAGAACAUACAGAUGAUAAAACUUGAAUGUUGGUGAAAGUUUUUGUAUUCAGACAUCCUGAAUGUUGCAAAAACUACCAGAAAAAGUCUUGACACGUGUAUCCGUAAAAGUGUGAAGGUUUGAAAAAAGAUGUGGCUUAAACACAGGGUGAAUUAUUUUUAUGUUGUUUCAAUGAUGCAUCAUUUUUCUUGAUAAUAGAUUGAGCAAAUGAAAAAAAGAUGAUGAACUUUGUGGGGCUUCAGUAAAUUCAGAUGUAACAUUAGCGUGUUUUUCUGUUAUUCAUUUUAUACUAGCACACAUUUGACACAUAUAUGUAACACGUAACACAAGCAUUUUACUUUUAUGUUACUUUGUUAUAAUGUUUAAUGUUCAUGGGUUUAAACUGCCACAAGCUGUUUUGGUAAUGUUGCCAAUUUGCUGUAAAUACAAGAUGUCCUGCAAAUUCAGUUCAUGCUGUAUUGAGUUUUAUACCAAAAUUUAAAAGUACAUUGGUUGCAAUGAGAGUUUCUCACAUUUGGUAAUGCAGAAAAGCAAACAAGGAGUUUGCACAACUUCCUGUAUCAUGGUAAACAUAUCAAGCAUGCUGUCAGACUGUUGGAAACAUGGGUUGCACAAGUUGAAGGUACUAGCUUGGGUUUUACUCUGUGAAGGGUUCUGGUACUGCUGGUUACCCCUUUACAGAGACCGGGUAAUGAAGGAGCCAACUAAAUAACCUCUGUCUUAGAAGUAUAACAGUUUUUAUUUCAUUGCUUGUUUCUAAAAAUUCCUGUAGCAAAUCUCAUUUUUUAACGUUGCAUACAUUUGUGUUUUAUCAGCAUUUUAUAUUUAUGUGCAUAUUCUCUUUUUGCAAUAAAAUAUACUUUAUUAAA